AUGAAUCACACACCGGUGCCGUCAACUCCAACAGCUCCAGUGCAACUGGACUUUAGUCAAAUACCAUUAGAUGCUCUUGAAUCCAUUCGCAAUAGACUCAAUCAGAUUCAUGUUUCGCUACGAAAAUUAUCGGAUCAGAUAAAUGCUCAUAAUAGACACCCAACUAAGAUCAAACUACCCACAUUUACUCAUUUCCAAAACCAGUUUCAAGUGCUUAUUACUCAGUUGACAUCAAUUGCCAACAUAUUGUACAACAAUGAGGAGCUUCUUUUGAGAACAAACGUUUAUCCUACAAUCAAUUUCCCAACAAGUCAACACGAAGGUUUGUUGACUACGCUAUUGAGGAAAAAAGCUCUUCCUGAAGUAGACGAAUGGAUCAAUUCGUCAAUAACGACAAUUGAAAAAUUACAGGAAAAGGGACCGGUUGAUUUUGAAAAAGAAGAUGAAUAUGUAGCUUGGAGUCUAAUGAAAUUGCAAGAGCUACGUGAGGAGUUUCAAUUUUAUGGUUUCCAUACAAUUGAGGAGCUGAAGUAUAUGGAGACUUCAGAAGGAAAAGCGGAGGCCAAGUUGAAAAAAGAAGAGGAAAAUGCUAGAGAGGCAGCGGAAAGUAAAAUCACUCGUGGUGGUAAAAAGGGUUUACAUCCAAAUCAAGUUAUGAAGUUCUUGUGUCAAGGUCAGCUUUAA